AUUCUUCAUUUUUCCAUCUCAAAAAUGCCCAGCAAGAAGGUCCUGAAGGGUGCUAGCACCACGCAGAAGCCCGCCGCCGCCAAGCCGGCUGCCAAGUCGACGGCGUCGAAGAAGAAGGGCGCUGACCCGCUCUUCCCGUCGGCCCCCAAGAACUUCCGUCUUGGUGGUGACAUCCAGCCCAAGCGCGACUUGUCCCGCUUCGUCCGCUGGCCCAAGAACGUGCGCCUCCAGCGCCAGCACAAGAUCUUGACCACGCGCCUCAAGGUCCCCCCGAGCAUCAACCAGUUCACGAACACGCUCGACAAGAACGCCGCCACGGACCUCUACAAGCUCCUCCUCAAGUACCAGCCGGAGACCAAGGCCGCCAAGACCCAGCGUCUUCGCGACAUCGCCGCCGGCAAGGAGCAGGUCUCGGCCCCCCCGGCCGUGAUCAAGUACGGUCUUAACCACGUCACGUCGUUGAUCGAGAACAAGAAGGCCAAGAUGGUCUGCAUCGCCCACGAUGUCACGCCCAUCGAGCUCGUCGUGUUCCUCCCGGCCCUCUGCCGCAAGAUGGACAUCCCGUACUGCAUCGUCAAGGGCAAGGCUCGCCUCGGUCAGCUCGUCCACAAGAAGAACGCCGCCGUCGUCGCCCUCACGCAGGUGAACAAGGAAGACAAGGCCAAGUUCGACUCGCUCAACACGGCGUUCCGCGCCCAGUUCAACGACGAAUCGACGCACCGCCGCAAGUGGGGCGUGGCAUCAUGGGCCUCAAGACGCAGAAGAAGCUCGAGCUCCGCGCCAAGGCCGUCGCCGCCGAACUCGCCAAGAAGGCCCAGUACUAAGUUCUUAGUUACUGAUCAUCACUGGAGAGAUGGAAAAUAAGCUAGCGCCAACCUUGUAAUGAAGAAAGCAUCUUUGGCCUUGAA